GACUGUAAAAGGCGUCUCUGUCUGGACUCGGGCCUGCAGCCAGUCAGCAGCACCAGCAGAGACGUGUCAGACCAGCUCCACUCGAGGACUUUAAGCUGAGUCUUGAAGAUAGAAGCUGGACUUUGACUCUGGAGGCAUCAUAUAAAGUGGAGGAGAAGGCUGUUUUACCUUUUAACAGACGGAGGAAGACGGAGCAAGGCCAUGGCCGCGUGGAGGACAGUGGGAGCUCUGCUGCUGAUUAUACCUGCAGUGUUUGGCCAGAAGAGCAUCAGCUGGUGCACCAUCUCAGAUGCAGAGCAGAGGAAAUGUGAGGCCAUGUCUCAGGCGUUCGCCGCCGUCUCCAUCCAUCCAUCCCUCAGAUGUGUCAACGGAUUGACAGUGGAGGGCUGCGUUCAGAAACUGCAGAGAAAAGAAGCUGAUGCUUUGUCCAUGUCAGCGGCCGACAUCUACCAACUGGGAAAGACCGCCUCCUUCAAGAUGGCCGCCAGUGAAGUAAAGAAAGACCGCACCGGAGCCUCUUACUACGCAGUUGCUGUGGUGAAGAAAGCAAAUCAAGCCAUCAACAUCAACAACCUGGCAGGAAAGAAGAGCUGCCACACUGGGAAGGGCCGAACGGCUGGCUGGAAUAUGCCUCUGGGAUACUUCAUAGACCAGGGAUACAUGUCUGUGAUGGGCUGCAAGUUCUCACAGGGAGUGGCAGAUUUCUUCAACGCGAGCUGCAUCCCUGGUGCCAACGAGGUCGGUGACCCCAAGUCUCUGUGUCAGCUGUGCAGAGGAGACGGGAAUGGAGCGUUCAAAUGUGACAAGAGCCCCAAGGAGAUGUACUACAGCUAUGAAGGAGCUUUCAGAUGUCUCGCUGAUGGUGCAGGAGAGGUGGCCUUCAUCAAACACACAACAGUGGAGGAGAACACUGAUGGUCUUGGCCCAGAAUGGGCAAAACUACUGAAGUCAGCAGACUAUGAGCUGUUGUGUCGCGACGGCACCAGACUUCCCGUCUCUCAGUGGAAAACGUGUCAUCUGGUCCGCAUCCCAUUCCGAGGCAUCGUGGUCGGCAGUGAUGUCACUCCCUCCGUGGUGUUCAACAUGCUGAACGAGGGUCUGGAAAAGUCGGACUUCAAAAUGUUUUCAUCUGCGGAGUACGGAGGAGGAACGGUGCUGUUCUCCGAGUCAACCGUCACAUUACAGGAGGUGGCGUCAGACGACCCAAAGAGUUGGAUGGGCCGGUACUAUAACAACGCUCUCAGAGCCAUGGACUGUAAACCAGAAGAUGUUCUGCGGUGGUGUGUGUUGACCAGCGCCGAACAGCAGAAGUGUGCUGACAUGGCCAAAGCCUUCAGAGUUAAAGGUCUGACUCCAGACAUCCAGUGCGUCUAUGGAGACUCUGUGACGGACUGCAUGAGCAGAAUCAAGAACAAGGAGGCUGAUGCCGUCACUCUGGAUGGAGGUUACAUUUACACAGCAGGCAAAGACUACGGCCUUGUCCCUGCUACUGGCGAGAGCUACACAGAGGAAAGCGACGGCUCCAUAUACUACGCUGUUGCCGUGGUGAAAAAGAGCAGCCUUGGCAUCCGUAGCCUUGACGACCUGCGCGGCCUUCGCUCCUGUCACACCGGAUACGGUCGCUCGGCCGGCUGGAACAUUCCCGUAGCAGCGCUGAUGGAGAGAGGCCUGAUCGCCCCUCAGCACUGUGAGAUACCCCAAGCGGUGGGAGCUUUCUUCAAACAGAGCUGUGUACCAGGUGCCAAUCAGCCUGGUUUCCCCAGCAACCUGUGUGGUUCGUGUGUGGGAGACGCCUCAGGACAGAACAAGUGUGAGAAGGGCAAAGACCUGUAUGAUGGAUACAACGGUGCAUUCAGGUGUCUGGCAGACGGAAAAGGAGACGUGGCGUUCGUCAAGCAUUCUACCGUCUUCCAAAACACAGAUGGUAACUCUGGAGAAUCGUGGGCAGCGGACCUCCACUCCGGAGAUUUCCAGCUGCUCUGUGCUCAUGGCACUAAAGCCGAUGUCUUGCAGUACAAACACUGUAACCUGGCUAGAGUCCCUGCCCACGCCGUGAUGGUACGGCCAGACACCAACAUCCACGCCGUCUAUGGACUCCUGGACCGCGGACAGACAUUUUACAGCACAGACACAGGUGAUAGUUUCAGGAUGUUUGACUCGCAGGCCUAUAAAGGCACAGAUCUCAUCUUCAAAGACUCCACUGUUCGCCUCAUGGGUGUCGGUGACAGGAAGACCUACCAGGAGUGGCUGGGACAGGCCUACAUGGACUCACUGGUUAUGAUGGAGUGUAAUUCAUCAGGUGCAGUGAUGUCGUCCAUGUGGCUGCUGCUGAUGACCCUGCUCAGCCUCGUCAUGACCCACCUCUAGAUAUAAACACACAGAAUGACACUCUGCCUCUAAUCCCUUCCUCUUUUUAUUCUUCCUCUUUUUCUCUUCAUCUCUCUCUUCCUCACCCACCACAGUAUAUCUCAGCCCCUUGUGCUUUUCAGGAGACACUCUCCCUCUCUCCUUCUAUCCCUGAAUGUGUUUUUAAAUCGUGAAAUAGCAGAACCUCGACCCGAUUGUGUGAUAUUUUAAUCUACGAGAUGGGAGGCAUGUUGGAGCUGCCUUUGGAUUUAAAUAGUUCUUUCAGCCGGUGUCAAUCAGGCAUCGCUGCCAUGUUGUUUACGGAGGGUGAGCUGCCAUAUCAGUGUGUAUGCUGCCACCUGUUACAUUGCAUUAGUGGGUACUAGUGCCUGUCUGUCCAAAGCUUGUUUUACAAAGUUCAGCCAGUUUGACCAUUUGCAAAGGUUUUCAUGUGGACGUAGAAAUCAGAUUGUUGUUCUGCUGCCACUUGAUAUGUCAGAACUGGAAAAGCCUUUUCUUAGUUCAGGCUGUGUUUCUCAUAGAAGCUAAUGCCAUAUCAGUGAAUAUGCACUAGUGUUGCCUCCACACAGAGCUGUGGUCGGGACGUUGUUAUGAUGUAUUCUCCUCGAAAGCUUAAAAGUUAAAGAUAUAAAUGAUUAAAUUCAUCCAGUUUUAUUCAUAAUGAUAAUAAUAAUCUUUAUUUCAUUUCCGUUGCACUUUUCUUAUUGCUUUGCAAAAGGAUUAAACAAGAAAUGUUAAUACAAAUAAUUAAUUAAUUAAUAAAUAAAAGGAAACAUUCAUUUGCUGCUUGCAGAUGCUUUUGCUUUUGCUGCUUGAGCCGUUUUCUUAUUCUGUCACUCCGACCAUUUCCCCCUCUAAAAGAUUAGUUUACACAUUGAGACACAAAUGGACACAAACUCAGUGGUUUGGGGAGAACAUGAAGAAAACUUCUUGUACUUGGAUGGUUUAAAAGUUCGAUGUGUGGGAUUUAGUGACAUCUAGCAGUGAAGGUGCAGAUUUCUAAGAGUGGCCAAAAUGUCAGUUUAAGAAAAACAGGUUUUGGAUACUGGUUUUACUCAAAUUUCCUUGUGCAAAGGUUUUUAAAUAAAGUUGUAGAACAAAAUAAAUCACAUUUGAAAAGCAAUAAUCGCUACUAGACUUUUCUGAUAUCUAAAAUGCUUCCUGCUGCUCGGUACUGUUUGUUUUAUAAUUGAUGAUUGGAUGUGUAUUUUCCUAUAUGUUGAGAUUUCUAUUUUUAUAUGAAGUUCAGGUGCCAUAUCAGUGUAUAUGUACUGACUCAUGCUGUCAGCAACCAUCGUCUCCUUUUCCCCUUGAUAUGGAAUUAUUUCUCUGUGAAAUGAUGUCACAUGUGACUAAUAUUUAGUUGCCAGACCAGUGCGUCUGCAUAAGUAUUAAUGCAUAAAGAUUUUUUCUCUGCUAUCUACAAAUGAAAUAAAGUUUAUGCUGCAAAAUUCA